AUGUCGACUUUUCUCACGGCAACCACGUGUUAUUUGGUGAAAAAGGAACGCUUUCUUCGCGCGAAUCGCUCCAUUCACACCGAGCUUUGGUCGAAAAGACUUUGCGGGAAAUCGAUUGAAUAUAAUGGAUUUCCAUUGAAAAACGACUCCGAUCAGCGACGAGAUCAAACGACCCUACCAAAAGAUUGGAACUUUCUCGCCGUCGUUCGAGAGCCGAUCUCUCGUUUCAUUUCUGGUUACAUCAACAAAUGUAUAAUUGAAAGGCAAAGUCGGACAAAAUACGCGAAAAAUUGCUACUCCUGUGCUGGGAAUAUGACAUGUUUUGUGGGGAAAUUGUAUAAAAACGCGAAAAUGUUUGUGCAAGCUAAAGGAAAAAAAUAUCUCAGCUAUGAGGGGAAACAUUUCUUCCCGCAAACAUGGUACUGUGCUUUCAAUCAAUUUCCCUAUUCGAUUGUUCAUUACGGAGAUUCGGCUCUUGCAAGAAUUAAUAUGACACAACAAAUCAUUGCAUUCCUUAAAAAGGCUAGAGUUCAACAGAUCUCAAGAGCAUUCCUGGGUAUUGCAUCUGUUGCUUUGGUAAUUUUUGUGAUCGUGAAUACUCCAGAGAAUUAUAUGCCUGCAAUGAUCGAGAUGAAAGCAAGAAGUGGAAUAAGCGAACUGGGGAGACUUUCAUUAGAAGUGUCCGCUGAAUGCUCACUGGAUCGAGACAGUCCCUGUCUACCGCCACUCGUUAACAAAACUUCCACAUGGGUGGUUUCACACGGGAAUAAACUGGCUUUUUGCAAAAUCGAGAAAGUGAUGUCAACAUUUAUGACGGCCACUCUCUGUUAUUUGAAUCGAUCGAAAGAAUUUCUGGCUAAAGGUCGAAAUAUACACACGGAUACGUGGUUUAUUAGAUUUUGUGGUGGAGAGAUCGAGAUCGAGGGACGAUACAAUGUGUUACCAGUUAAUUAUUCGUUAGCUGCCGUCAUUCGUCAUCCGAUCACACGAUUUCUCUCAGGAUUCAUGGAUAAAUGUGUCUACGAGCAAAAACAGUCUCCGAAAUUGUGUUACAAUUGCCAACGGAAUCUAAGCUGUUUCUUGGACAAUUUCUACAAGAAAGGGCGUCGUUUUUCGAAUAAUCCAUUUGGACCAGACUAUGAGCAAAAACACUUUUUACCGCAAAACUGGUAUUGUCCAUUCCGGGCACAACAAUAUUUCAUUGUUCCUUAUGGUGAUGAUGCUUUUGGAAAAGUCGUGAUGAAGGAGAAAUUUCUUGAUGUAAUACGAGCCGCUAAUGGGACUGAUGAACAACUCGAGUACAUUGAAAAAGAGCUGAACUACAAGUCACCGCAUGCGACGAAAAAGAACGACUUAAAAAAUGUGUAUUUGAAGAAAUUGCUUGCAACGCCGGAACUUUUCAAGAAAUUCCUUCACAUUUUCUAUUACGAUUUUAUCUUUUUUGGUAUCCCGUUGCCAGGUCUAGAGCCGAGCAACGAAUCA